AUGGUCACUCAUGAGUCUUCAACUCAGACACCUCAACCACCACCAAAAGAGUCAUUUGCUUGGUGUUACAACUUUCUCUGGCCUAUGCUCAUGGCUGUCAAUCUUGCUGUUGGAGCCUACCUCUUUGUGCGGACAAAGAAGAAAGAUGAGCACAUAGAAGAAGAAGGUGCAACUCCAGUUUCAAUCCCCAUUGCAAAAACUGCUCCUGCUGCUGAAAAAACCUUACACUCACCAUCCGUCACAAAACCUGUGAAGUUGCAGGAACCAAUUCCAGAGGAUCAGCAGCGCGAACUUUUCAAGUGGAUGUUGGAAGAGAAAAGGAAGGUCAAACCAAAAGAUCUUGAAGAAAAGAAGAGCAUUGAUGAAGAGAAAGCCAUUCUCAAACAGUUUAUUCGAGCAAAACCUAUCCCUAAUAUCUAA